ACUGGAGGAUCUGCUGGUAAAAAGUCAAGGUGGGCAACUGAUUUCACACUGAUGGAGGAAUUCAACAAGCUCAUUGUUGGAACUGGGAGCAAAGAGAUCCAGUUUUAUGAACUUCCAACUUUAAAACCUUGUUGUCAAAUUAGCGCCCUGGACUCAAUUCCUCUGACUGUAGACUGCAGCUCCGCUGGCCCUGAUAAAUGUUGUUUGCUAUAUGGAGACACUGAGGGAUGUGUGAACAUCUUUUUGAUAUCUGCUGUUAAACAGACAUUCAGAUCAUGGAAUAUCUUACCAAAAAUUGAAAACAUUCCCACCACAACAGUUUCCAGAGCUGUGCUUUCUCCAAAUGUGACAUUUGUUAGGUGGAAAGUUCACUGUGACUGGGUAACAAAGGUCAAAUAUUUUCACAGCUUUGAAGUUGUUGCCUCCUCUUCAAAUGAAGAAUCUUCUUCACUGGUUUUAGGCCGUUUGUGGCCUCUGACAGACUCAGCAAAGCGGCUACAGGAGAUUCAAGAGGCUCCUGGAUUAGGUAGAUCCAGGAAAGCGAAAACGAGCGCACCUCCACAGGCUCGAGCGCCGUGUGAUCAGACUGUUUUCACCAUCUGCAAAGGUGUGAAGGCUUUUGACCUUUGUUUGAAGCACAAACUGCUGGUGACUGGAGGCAUGGACAGACUCAUACGGCUGUGGCACCCACACUUUUCAGGGAAACCUACUGGUGUUUUGAAAGGCCACGCUACUCCUAUCGUCUUCCUUCGGAUCUCCUCAAAGGACAGUCAGAUUGUUUCAGUCUCAGUAGACUGCACUGUGAAAAUUUGGCACAUUCAGGAUGAGUGCUGCCUUUUCACGGGAGACUCUAAGGCCAGCAGCAUUUAUGGAGAAAUAUCUGCAUGCCACUAUUCCCCUGCAAUGAAAUCUCUGUAUAUUGCAGCAGACAGCAUGGCUGUGCUCAAGCUGAAGCUCAGACCACAGCCUCACCGUCGCUUGACUGAAUCACAUAAUGAACCUGUUUUGUGCUGCUCCUACAGCGAGGAGUUCCGCCAAGUCGUGAGCUGUGGUGAGGGCUCAGUGCUGAAGGUCUGGGACUUGGACACUGGGCACCAACUCUUUGAGUUUGGAAGUUCAGACGAUGUUACUAUCACAUGCAUGACAAUGGACAACAAAGGGAGGAGACUUUUUACUGGUAGAAGAGAUGGAUCUUUGAAGAUUUGGAAUUUCAACAGUGGUCAGUGCCUGAAGACACUAAAGAAAGAUUGGAAAUGUCGUGCAGUGUGUGACUGCACCCUUAUCAAAGUUCACACAAACUUCAAUGUGGUGUCUGUUGGAAAAGACCAUAGGAUUGACAUUUACUCAGACCUUCCUACAGAUUCCCAUCAUGUUCAAAAGCCACACCCUCCAUGGCAGGAGGAUUUGAUAAAUGGCCACAAAGAAGACAUCCUUUGUGUGGCACAAUGUCCUCCAUCUCUCCUUGCCACCAGCAGCUGCGACGGAGAGAUUAUUGUAUGGAAUGUUGUUUCCGGGAGUAUUCUCUGUCGGUUUGCUGGCCCUGUUGCACAUGAGCGGCACAAUGCUGAAGAUGAAGAUUUGGAUAUAAGUGUUCCCAGCAUGCUUUUCUUCAGUAACCUAAAGUUAGAGCGGCUUUCUUCACAUACAAGUCUUCUCUCGUCUGGGAUCAGAGGCUAUGUGAAUCUGUGGAAUGUCCUCGGUGGAGGGAAGCUUGUGAGCAGCUUCAAAGCCAGUAAAUUUCAGCAGAAGAUAAUAAAGCUGGCCAAAUCAGACGCGAACAUGCUGCUGUACGCGGCUGACAGAAUAGGUUACGUCUUUGUUUUCAGCAUGAGCAAGUGUGACCUUGAUCAAAACCCACCCAGAGCUGAGAUGUUCUGGCGCGCUCACACCAGCAAAAUAACCAGCCUGCAGAUUGUUGACAGUGAUCAAGUGGUGCUUACCUCAUCCACCGACCACACUGUACGCCUUUGGAGUGCAUAUGGAGAGUAUAUCGGGACCUUUGGGCAGCCGGAGAUCUGGAACAUCCACGUCUCCUCAUCCUGGAUGCAUCCCGCUGUCCCAUAUGAAGUUCUGAUAGAUCCUCUUAGUAUGCCAAAUCAUGGCACGCUGAAUGGAAAACCGCGUCAACCCGAACCCAUCAUUCUUGACAAGACUGAGCCUGAUAGAGGGGAACUAAAGAGUCUAGGAUGAAACUGUUGAGCGUACAAACACAAUCCGCCCUCCUCGAAAGGUUUUGAUGGUAUGGAACCACCGAGCAGCACCACCAGAGACCACAGACCCCUCUUGCCGGUAUUGAUCAUUUCAUAAGCAACGCUGUAGGGGACUGGACUCAGCUGAAAAAGAUGAGGCUGCAUUGAUCAAAGCGGAGAAACUGGGCCAUUCAAACACCCAGCGACAUGCUUGAUAUGAAUGGAGUGGAAAACGUGGUUUUGAGGCUGCACCUACACAACAAAUGGGACACAAAUACAGCAUUUCUCACUCAUCCUGCAACAUAUUUUACAUGAGUUUUAAAGUCCCGCUCUAAUUAUAGGUUUUUCUAUUGUAAAAUCAUUCCCAGUAAUCUUUUGAUUAUGAUUAUGCAGUUUGUAGUCAAAAUAAAAAAAGCCUGUUUCCUGCAACUUAUUAGAAAUAUAAUUCUGGGUUGUGGGCGGGACUCAUGAAUUCCUACCCUAAUCCCUAACGACUAAAAACGUAAUAGUGCCAUGGAUUUAAAAUGCAAUUCGGACACCAUGCUCUCUGCUUUUCUUUCGUUUUUUAAAUACUGAAUUCAUGAAGUAAAAAUCUAAUCA